AAAAUGGAGUUUUGGAGGCGGAAGUGAUUUAAUUUUCACAUUUUCAGGAAUAAAAAUGGAAAUAUCAAGCGAAAUACUCGAGAGUUUGCAGUUUGCAGGCGAUAGUGCCCAUAUACCAGACAAGUGCUUCCCAGCUCUAGUCAGGAAAGUUUGUGAAUGCGCCUUAAACAACCGCAGCAGGAAUGCAAUUGCUGGUGAUGGUCAGUUCUCAGCCAUAGAUCAAGCCAUCCUGAAGGAAACUUCAUCUGCUUUGUUGGCAAUCAUUGUAGAGGCAGCCAAACAUGAUGCCAGUAUAUCAACAAUUGGAGGCGUAUUAGAGGACUGUAAAUUCAGUACAGACAGAGUCAAUUCAUUUAAUUCCAUUUACUCGGAAAUUAAACCACAGAUGCAAAUUUUGUUGAGCAGCGUCGGGAAUAAUUCACCUCAUGUUGUUGAUGUCGACUGGAGAUUAGAUUACUACAUCAAGAACAACCAUGUAGAGAGAAUAUGUCAACCAACCUACCUUAUCAACCUAAAAACCGAGGAAUGUGGAGCACCAGGAACCAAGGAUGUCCAGUUCGAAUGCACAGCAGAACAACUCCAGGAUUUGGUGGGAAAGUUAAAGGACGCUUCAAAGUGUAUGGAAAAACUAAGUCAGACCUGAUGUGGAUGAUCGUUGAUACUCUAAAAACAAUAGAAAUGGACUGUUGAGAUUGUAACUUGAAGAAUAAAAGGAAAAUGUGUGAGGACAGUUCGUCCUUUAAUCUCACAAAUGAAAUAAAUGAUUCCAUUCAGGAUUCCAUUCCACACAAAUGUAUCUUUUGUGCUACUGUGGUAUAUUAAUGCAAUGGAUUAUUGGCUUGAUUUUGGCAGGAAUUAUUCUUUGGUUACAAGAACCUAGUUUGUUAUUGUCUAUUCAAUCAUUAAAGUGUAUGUUAUUGUACACCUAGUAUAAAGAAAUUAUUAAAAUUUUCGCCACAGCAUUCACUUCUGCUGUAAUGUAGUCCACAGAUUGUUCCUAGUGCAUGCACUUUCUUUUGCUUUGAAAUACAUAUAAUUGUGUCUGAUGUAUAUUUAGUCAUCUUCGCAAAAUCAAAUGCAAUAGUCUGCUUAGCCUUAUCAAUGAACUUUAGGUCAUUUAGGCAUGAUCAAAAAAUCUAAAUAAUUAUUUUUGUAUUUUAAGAAGAAGAUUGUCUCAAUCUUUGUAUGAUAAGGUCACAUGUAAGUACAGAUGAACAAUAUGAAUAUGCUAAUCAA